GCGGCGGGAGACCGGAGCGGCGUGUCCGCUGGAUCUGCGCGGGGUCUGCGCCUCUGGCUCUGCAACGGGAACGAGAAGCGCGGCGGAGCCCCCGGGAAAGCCCUGUGUGUGUGUGUGGAGCUAGGUGGGAUUGACUGAGCGUGAGCCGUGCUGUGACCGCGCACCGGGCAGGAGGGGGUUGAUCGCCGGGAGCGCGCUUCUCCACCUCUACGAAGCGAAGGCUGGCAGAGGCGCGCGCAGCUCACUCACUCGCUCUCUCUCUCUCUCUGUCUCGCUCGCUCGCUCUCUUUGUGGGCGAAUGCAAUGAGAAGCGGCAGCGCCCGGCGUGUUUAACGCAACGGGAGCGCGGCGCGUUCCGUUCGCGAAGAUGGUCUUGGGCUGUGGAGCGCGGACGGCUCGAUGCGAAGCAUGUUCGAAAGGCAGCGCUGCCGCGCCGCUCUCCUCGUCUCUCGUCCCGACUACUGCUCGACGGCGCGCCCCCGUGAAAGGAGGCACUCGUGAGGGCGAUCAGCAACUGUGAGCGUACCCGUACCCGUACCUGUACCCGUGCCCGUGCCUCUACGUGUACCUGUACGUGUCCCCGCGCAGCCACUCGGAUGGACCUGGAGAACAUCGUGGCCAACACGGUGCUGCUGAAGGCCAGGGAAGGUGGAGGAGGGAAGCGGAAAGGGAGAAGCAAGAAAUGGAGGGAGAUCCUGCGCUUCCCUCACAUCAGCCAGUGCGUCGAGCUGAGGAACAGCAUCGAGCGCGACUACUUCAGCCUGUGCGAGAAACAGCCCAUCGGCAGACUCCUGUUCCGGCACUUCUGUGAGACCAAGCCUGGGCUCAUGCGAUGCAUCCAUCUCCUGGACGCCAUGGAGGACUACGAGGUGACGCCAGACGAGAAGCGCAAGAGCCGAGGAGAGCAGAUCAUACAGAGGUUCCUCAGCAAACAGUCGCCUGAUUACGUGCCGGAAGUAGGAGAGGACCAUGCGCAGCAGUGUCGGGAGAACCUGGAGAUCAGUCCCUGCAAAGAGAUCUUCAGCAGCUGUCGAAGAACUCUCCACGAGCACUUAAGUGGGACCCCCUUCCGCGACUAUCAGGAAAGCAUGUAUUUUGACCGGUUUUUACAGUGGAAAAUGUUGGAAAGACAGCCGGUAACAAAAGAUACGUUUCGACAGUACCGUGUGCUAGGAAAAGGAGGGUUUGGGGAGGUGUGUGCGUGCCAGGUACGGGCCACGGGCAAGAUGUACGCCUGCAAGAAGCUGGAGAAGAAGCGCAUCAAGAAGCGGAAGGGCGAGUCCAUGGCUCUCAACGAGAAGCAGAUCCUCGAGAAAGUGAAUAGCCGAUUUGUCGUCAGCCUUGCGUACGCCUAUGAAACCAAAGACGCCCUGUGUUUGGUGUUGACCAUCAUGAAUGGUGGGGACCUCAAGUUCCACAUCUACAACAUGGGCACACCUGGGUUCGAGAAAGAGAGAGUGCAGUUCUACGCUGCUGAGAUCUGUUGUGGUCUGGACCACCUGCACAGGGAAUCCAUUGUGUACAGGGACCUGAAGCCAGAGAAUAUUCUUUUAGAUGACCAUGGUCACAUCAGGAUAUCUGACUUGGGUCUGGCCAUCAAGGUGCCCGAGGGGGAGCUCAUCCGGGGCAGAGUGGGGACCGUGGGUUAUAUGGCCCCAGAGGUGAUCAACAAUGAGAAGUACGCCAUGAGUCCUGACUGGUGGGGCCUCGGCUGCCUUAUCUACGAGAUGACAGCAGGACGGUCGCCCUUUCGAGCGCGCAAGGAACGAGUGAAGAGGGAAGAGGUGGAGAAGCGGGUGCAGGAGGAGCAGGAGGAGUACAGUGACCGGUUCACCGAGGAUGCCAAGGCCAUCUGCAGGAUGUUACUGACCAAAGACCCAAAGCAGCGACUGGGAUGCCAGCUGGUUAGGGCAGACGCAGUGAAGGCACACCCCUUUUUCGAGAACAUCAACUUCAAGCGGUUGGAGGCUGGCAUUCUAGAGCCCUCCUUUGUGCCUGAUCCCAGAGCCGUCUACUGCAAGGACGUCCUGGACAUCGAGCAAUUCUCCACCGUCAAAGGUGUUAACCUGGACCACACUGACAAUGAGUUCUACAGCAAAUUCGCCACCGGGAGCGUUCCCAUUCCCUGGCAGAAUGAGAUGAUUGAGACGGAGUGUUUUAAAGACCUGAAUGUGUUCGGGCCCCACGGUUUACGGACCCCGGACCUGGACUGGUCCCAGCCCCCUGAGCCCCCCCGCCGCAGCCUGCUGGACAGGAUCUUCAGGAGACACCACCCAGAGGUGUCCAUUGGCCACAGCCGUGUCUCGUCUUCCAGUGUGAACUCUGUGGAUUCUAUAUCAAACUCUGCCCCCUAGCGGAUUACCACAGCAUCAUGCUGUGGAGAACGAGCUGUUCCACUACUGAUGGACAGGUCUCAGUGAGUCAAAUCAGCAGCCAUCCUGGGCUAUCUGAGCUGAAGACACCAUUGGUCUUGAGUGAAGCUAAACGGGGGUCCGAGAGUCCACUGGAGCAAGCAGGAUGUCCUGCGGGAAAAGAGAGGAGCAGAGAACAGGCGGUGACCGUGGUGGUGCUCAGGAUUACUGGACCACAGGAGCAUGACCAAUGGUGACAAAAAAUAAAGGAAAAAAUAUCAGGGCAUCUGUUUUUUAAAAGGACAAGCAUCGCAGGGAAUUAAGUCAGUGUCUUUUUCAUGACUAAAAUACACACACAUUUUCUCUUCCUCAUUUUCUCUGUGACACACACACACACACACACACACACACACACACACACAAUGUAACAACACAAACCUCAAGACAAACUUUGUUUUGCCUUGUAUAAUCUCAGGCCAAAGAUUGUUUUAAUGUUUUAGCUGUUCCUGAAAGGUCUGAUGCAACCAAACAUUUUUUGUACAGACAAAAGUAGGAUGAAUGAGACUUAAGUGUUUUUUUUUUUUCCCCUCAGUUGUUAGCAAAUGGGAUUUUCCACUCCAUUAAUAGACUGAUCAAAACACAACAGGGCUAAAGGCAAUCCUCAGCUGGAACACGUGAUGGGGAGCAGGUAAUAGCACCUAAGCAUUUGUGCUGUGUGAGAUGUCUAGGAAGCGAGAAGUACACCGAUACACAAGUGCUGUAUCACUGCUGGUUAUGUCAUGUCCUAGAAAUCAUGAUGAAAAUAUUUGGAUUAAAAAAAUUACAAUCUUUCUGCAGAUAUGUCAGCUGUAUAGAAACUGGUUCAAAGACAAAAUGAAUCCCACAUUGCUAUGAAAAAGUUAUUUCCAAAGGUGGCGUACAACAAACUGCAGACCCUAUGGUCCAGGUAGACCGUGAUGGUCCAGCACUCGGAGAGAUGCUGCCCCUGUAAGCGCAGACACAGGCCAAGUUCACACAGUCACUGUAGGUGGAACCUUUGGAUCCCCACCUUCCUCUAAACCUGUAGUAGUACUUCAUUCACAAAAUUACUGCCAGCUUUUUUUAAUCAGACCUUGUAUGUUGCAUAAUAGACAGCACAGAAUUGAUUUUAGACUUGAAAGAAACAAUAUGGGAGGAAGAAAAGUCAAUCAAUAUUCUGCAUAUGCAUUAUAUAAAGUUUGCAUUGAAGACCCUUGCUGCUCUUCAGUUGUCACAAAUAAUGAUGUGGAGCAAUGGCAUUGUCACCAAUAAACUUAUGAGACAUUCUGCCCAGUUCAGUUAUUGUCAUAUAAUCAAACUGGUGCAGUCCUUGUCUCAAAAGUGACAGAAGACUGUGUGUUAAACUACUUUACAGGGCACAGUGUGUAUAUUGUUUUGCAUUUUGCUCACAGUUAAUGCUUUGAGGCUGUUUUCCCAUUUCCUCCCUGCACACAGCAUUAUUGUAUCUACAUCUAUGGCUUGAAAGAAACUUAUUGGAAGAUCACUAACAAUUCAUAACUGUGUACUAUGGGGGGCAGAGCUGGCCUGUUAUGUGAUACUAACCAAGGGGUGGUGAGGGGUCAGCUGGUGCUUAGUAAGUACUUGAGCAGUGUACCAACUUCUGUUUGAGGCUACUGUGGCUUCAGGAAGUGUGUGGGCAUGCCUGGUGGUAGUGUAAUGUUCAGGGCUGCUGCUUUUGAACCCAAAGG